AUUGAUGUGCAUUAAUGAGGCAGCACUGAUGGGCACUGAUGGACACUGAUAGGCAGCACUGAUGAGACCAAGAAGAGGGAGAGAGUUUCCAACAGGGGCGGACUGAUAACUCAUGAGGCCCCCGGGCAAUAGGGGAUCAUGGGGCCCCUGUGUCCUCGCCCACACCUAAAAAAGCCUAUGAAAAAGCCAAUGAAAGGUACCAGGGGCAUCUCAUGGGGCCCCCUACUGACCCCGGGCCCUCGGGCAGUGCCCGAGUGCCUGAAUGGUCAGUCUGCCCCU